AUGGCCCCAGGGGCUGCCUUCACUAUGGCAUGCGUUCUGCUCGUAUACACCCGCUCAUCAAUUCACUCCGCUCGAGACCAAGCAGUACAAAUCGUCAAAACUACCAGGGAAUGGAGAACAUGCACCAAGACGUGGUUCGUCAUGAGAGUCCACUGGAGCAGAGUAACUUGUAGCAUGCAUCUGCGUAUAGGAAGGAAAUGGAAUGCCCCCUGCCACUAG